AUGGCUGGAGCUGAAAUUAGCAGUGCUGUCAUGUGUCAGCAGUGUGAAGAGCAGCGGCUGAGCACACAGCCCUGUGGGGCACCUGUGCUCAGUGUGGUAGUGCUCGAGGUUGACGACAAAUCUCAUUGCUGUGGUGGAACUCUGAUUGAUCCGCAGUGGGUUCUGACCGCAGCCCAUUGCAUUGAAGGGUGUCCACGUCCUUUUAAGGUCUUCCUUGGAACCCAUGCAGAACGUGGGGAAGAAUCAUCCAAACAGGAACGAGAUGUUUCUAAGAUAGUUAAGAGACCAUCUGGAGCUGACCUUGCUCUUAUCAAGUUGGACAGGCCUGCAGUAAUUAAUGAUCAGGUAUCGCUUGCUUGUCUACCAGAAAAGGACUACAUUGUACCAGAUGGUACUGAAUGCUUUAUAACUGGCUGGGCAGAGACACAGGGAACUGGUGGAAAGGGUCACCUGAAAGAAGCCGGCGUACCAAUAAUUGAGAACAAACUCUGCAACAAUCCGUCGUUUUUGAAAGGCCGCAUAAAGGAUCACGAGAUGUGCGCUGGAUUGAAGAGGAUAACAGACAGUUGUCAGGGAGACAGCGGCGGACCUCUCGCCUGCAAAGCACAGAACAAGUUUGUUCUUCAAGGAGUGACAUCAUGGGGUCUUGGUUGUGCUGAUGCUAAGAAACCUGGAGUUUACGUCCAAGUCUCUAAGUUUAUCAACUGGAUUGAACAAACCCUGAAAGAAAAAUGAUGCAUCUAGCUUUCCUGUGGCUCAGUGGUAAGAUCAUGGCACCAGCAAUGCCAAGGUCAUGGCUUCGAUCCCACGGGAUUGCACAUAGUCAGAAACAAAAGUAUAAGGUAUGUCUGCCAAAUGCAUAUAUGUAAAUCUUGAACUCAAAUGUAUAAUGGGAUAUACAUUAGAAUUUAAAUGUACAACUUCUCUGUAGAAUCAAAUUAUUAUGAUACAAAAGCUGUUUUAAAGUUAAUGCUCAUGUUCUGUGUAUCGCUGCUGUCCUUUUGAAACCUUGUAUCUCCAUUUUUAAUGAUUUAAAUUUUUUGCCAUAAAUCAUAAGUCUUGUUUUUUUUUAUCUAGCCAGUAAAAAUUGCUCGUCAACUUUGAGAAGUAUGUAAUCGUUUAAUAGUUGAAUUGUUCCAGUAAGAUAAGUUUCCUGCUGUUCUUCCCUUUUCAUAUAAGAUAGUAGACGUCUAAAUCUGCUGGAUAGUAAGAUCUAUUAUUUAUGGCAUCACAAUAACAAAAUUGAAACAAACUACGGGAUCAUUUUCGGAUGAAAUACCAAGAUAGUAUAUUCUAUAAACUUCACAUCAGAUGAUAGAUGACAACAUGCAAGUCGUCGCAUUGGAAUUGUAAGGUUCUAUCUGACAUCUUUGUCAAAAUUGAGUAUUCACAUAACUUAUUUACAAUAUGCCAUGCUUUUGAGAUGUGUACAUUUUGUUAUUGUAAUUGAUUAAAUUACAACUUCGUGAACCUAAAGUUGCCCGUCGCUCUGCUUGUUUUCUCUGUGAUGCUGGACAUCAGGGUACACAGGCUGAAGUUUUGCCAGAGGGUCUGUUUGGUGAGCUCGUUUCUGUUCUGAUGUAUUUCGGCAGAUAUUGCACUCCAGUUUAUAGUGAAACUGCUGAAAAAGAGGUUUAUAUGUAAAAUUAUUCUUACUUGUAGCUCAGUGGCUAGAGAAUGGCGCUAGCAACACUAAGAUCAUGGGUUCGAUCAAUUGCACAUACUCCAGUACAAAUGUAAAGUAUCACGCAAUGUAAGUUGCUUUUGGAAAAAAGUGCUUGCCAAAUGCGUAAAUGUAGAUACAUGGUUCAUAUAGUCAAGGGGAAAUCAAGCAACUUUAAAAGAUUAAUGACAAGUAUUAGAUGUCACGACAAUACAAAUGAACUCAAUAAAACGUAAUGUAAACACAAAACUGAAACAAAACUCAGCCAUAGAUUAUCUUUUUGCACAUGACACCUCAAAGUAUGCGAAACUAUUACUGUUCAAUCCUAGUUCACUUCAUUAAUCUUUAAAGCCCUUAGAUUCACUCCGCAAACAAACAGCUUAAAGUUACGUAAGACACAAAUGUCUAAUUCUGACAAAUCACAUGAUCAGUAACAGUAAUGCUGGUUCAAAAUAUAUUGAUCAACAAACAGCACACAGUUCAUGUCCUCGAUUAAACAAUGAUUGACAGAAAAGUAACUAGUCUAUCAGAUCCACACUCUUGAUAACAUCAUAUUGAGCAACUAUAGACUGAUAUCAAAUCUUCCUUUUAUUGGCAAGAUUAUUGAAAAUGUUGUUUUUAUUCAGCUACUGAACUUAAUAUCAUAUCAAAUGGAUACCUGGAUAAGUUAAAAUUUGGUUUCCUGAUGCACAACAACACGGAGAAGCGCUCAUAAAGAUAAGUUAUAUUCGCCCAAAUUCUGAUUCUGGCAAAAUUCUUCAACUGUGCUGAAACAGUGGGAUAAUAAAACCUAGUCCUAUUAACUAAAAAGGGGUCAGCCUUUCUGCGACGGUUCAAAACAAGAUGGAACGGACAGUUGUCAGGUUAAAAACAUGCAGUAGUCGAAAAUACGCAAAUCUGGUUGAAAAAUCUAACUGAAACAUCAUCCCUAACAAAUGUUGGUUAAGCAUAUUUACAUUUUUUCUCGCAUUUAGUGACAGCAGCAGGCCUCUCGUAAAUAAAGCACGGUACAAGUUUGUUCUUCACACAGUAACAUCAAGGAGUAUUGAUUGUACCAAAGCCCUUAAAAACCUGGAGGGUACGUCUGUAUCCCAAAAUCUGUAAAUUUGGAUUGAGGAAAGCAUGACAGAAAACUGGAGCACAUUUCCAAUUUCUGUUGUAUUGUACCACACAAGCCAGCAUUGGCUCCCCAUGUGCAUCAGUGAGCCUUGGCCACCCAUGACCACUGAACCACUGUAUCCGGUUGACCACCUUGGACCGCUUCUGAUGGAUACUGACCACUGCAGACUGGGAAUAUCCAGAAGAGAUGACACAGUCGUCUAGCCAUCUGAAUUUGGCCCUUAUUAAAACUCGCUGUAAUCCACAUCAACAUCAACACAUCAACUUUGAGGACACAUGUUCACAGCUGUAUAACAUAUCCCACCCACUAAGGGGUACCGUGAUGAAAAGAUCCAUCCAUCCAUCCAUUUUCUACCGCUGUAUCCGAACUACCUCGGGUCACGGGGAGCCUGCGCCUAUCUCAGGAGUCAUCGGGCAUCAAGGCAGGAUACACCCUGGAUGGAGUGCCAACCCAUCGCAGGGCACACACAUUCACUCAUUCACUCACGCACUCACGCACUCACGCACUCACACCCUACGGACAAUUUUUCCAGAGAUGCCAAUCAACCUACCAUGCAUGUCUUUGGACCAGGGGAGGAAACCGGAGUACCCGGAGGAAACCCCUGAGGCACGGGGAGAACAUGCAAACUCCACACACACAAGUCGGAAGCGGGAAUCGAACCCCCAACUCUGGAGGUGUGAGGCGAACGUGCUAACCACUAAGCCACCGUGCCCCCACUGAUGAAAAGAUGAUCAGUAUUAUUCACUUCAUCUGUCAAUGGUCAUAAUGUUAUGCCUGAUCGGUGUAUACAAUACUACAAAAAAAUUGUGGUCUAGUGGGUUAAACCACUGGGUUGACAAUCAAAAGGUUGCUGGUUCGAUCCCAGCAGCCACCACCAGUGUGUCCUUGAGCAAGACACUUUACUCCAUGUUGCUCCAGGGGGAUUCGCCCUGUAAUAAGUGCACUGUAAGUCUGCUAAAUAGAUAUGUAGAAUUUGUAGUCUUUGUCAUUGAAAUUAAUUUAAUCUAAAUACAUUUAAGUGUUCAAUAAAUUAAAAUGAACAAGGAUCUGAAAAGUAA